AUGGCAGUGCCAGUAGACAGACUUGAAACCCAGGAGGGCACCAUCUCUCCCACCAGAACAUUCCUCACCGGCAUCCUCCUCCCUCUCCUCCGCUGGUGGUGGGCACUUCUUCCAGCUGCUAUCCUUCUCAGGGCUGUGUACAGGAAGUACGCCUCGCCCCUGCGCAAGUACCCAGGGCCAUGGCUGGCCUCCUACACCAGACUCUGGAAAGUCAUCUCGACGGCCUCGACACAUACACAUCAUGACCACAUUGCCAUCCACCGCAAGUACGGGCCCGUGGUCCGCAUCGCACCCGACGAGGUGUCCCUCUCCUCUCCCGAGGCGGCCCGCACCCUCUUGUCUGCAGGCAAGCGCUUCUACAAGACCAAGUUCUACGGCGUGUUCCCGCCGCCCGAGAACCCCGACAUCUUCACCGAGUACCGCGAGGACGUGCACGCGCAGAAGAAAAAGGUGGCCAACGUGCCCUACAGCAUGGCCGCCAUGCAGCAGCUGUCGCCCUUCAUCGACGACACCAUCGAGGUGCUGAUGCGCACCAUGGACGCCAUGGCCUCGGGCAAAGGGUCGACGUCCGACCCGGGGCGGCCCAUCGUCGACCUGGGCAACUGGCUGCACUGGUUCGCCUUUGAUGUGCUCGGCGAGGUGGCCUUUAGCCGCAGCUUCGGCUUCCUGGAGCAGGGCCGCGAUGUCGACGGGGCCAUCCAUACCAUUGACGAGAUGCAGCGGUACAAUGGCAUCGUGGGCCAGGUGCCGUUCAUGGACCACCUGGGGCGCAGGAAUCCGCUGCGGAGGCUGAUCCCGACCAUGAACACCAAGAACGCGCUGAUCACGCGCAUGGCGCUGGAGGAGCUGGAGCGGAGGAGACCCUUCGACAAGGAGAGCGAGGGCAGGUGGAGGGGUGGUGAUGGCAGGCAGGACCUGCUGGCCAGUCUGAUCAAGGGCCACCUGAAGGACCCUCAGCGCUUUGGUGAGGGUGAUGUCUUUGCCGUUGCUCAUGGCGCCAUCUUCGCCGGCUCCGACUCUACCGCCUCGACAAUGCAGUCCUUCUUCUGGCACGUCCUCUCCGACCCCCGCGUCUACGCCCAGAUCCAGCACGAGAUGAAGCAGGCCGUAGCGGACGGCACGAUCCCGGCCAGCGGCAACAUCUCGUGGAACGAGGCCCAGAACCUCCCUUACUUCCAGGCCUGCCUUAAGGAGGCGAUGCGCGUCAGGCCUGCCGUCGGGCUCAACAUUACGCGCAUCGUCCCGCCCGAGGGCGCCGAGCUCGAUGGCCAGUUCUUCCCGGGCGGCGUCACGGUCGCCGUGAAUGGCUGGGUGCUGCACCGGGACCGCGCUACCUUUGGGGAGGACGCCGAUGUCUUUAGGCCAGAGAGGUGGCUGGCUGAUGUCGAGGCUGCUAAGAGGAUGGAGAGGUAUAUGUUCCAGUUUGGCGGUGGCAGUCAUCUCUGCAUCGGCCGCAACCUGGCCCUGCUCGAGAUCAACAAGGUCUGCCCGCGGCUGCUGCGCGAUUUUGAUUUUGAGCUGCUUCACCCGGGUCGAGAGCUCGAAGCACAUGCCACCUUCUUUGUUGUGCAGUCAGGUCUGGAGGUCUACAUCUCGAAGAAGCAGUAG